AUGAAUAGAGAGUUAUAAAAUGCAAAGAAGACCAUUCAGCAAAGAGAUUAAGAACUCUCAUAAAUGGCAAAAAUCAAAGCCUCGAAGAAAGAGUAUGAGCAGCUAGUAAUCAAAGCCAGUUAGGAGAUUAAAAGAAAAGAGGAGGAAUGUGAAGAGAAAAAUAUAGUAAUAGCUAAAGCAUAGGAGGUUAUUAUCAAAAUUACAGAGGAAUUGGAGACAAUGAUUAAGAACAAUGAAAAUGAUAGAGUUCGACUUUAGGAGCAACAUGAAAAGGAAGUAAUGGACUUAAAGCAUUAGUUAAACGAAUUAUAAACUCAAAAAAUCAAUGUAGAGAUCAACUUGGAGCAGAUAACACAGGAAUCCAGUGAGUCAAAGAAAAGCAAUGAAGAAAAGAUCCUGGAAAUAUAGAAAAAAGCUGAUGAAAUUAUUUCAUUUUACAAGGGGGAACUUCAAAAGCUCAAGCAGAUUAAUGAAUUGUAAUUGUAAUAGCAGUAAAAAUAGUCAAUGCUAUAAAAAUCUAAAUCUCAAGAUAGGUUGAGACUUAAUGAUGAUAAUGCAAGAUAGAAUAGACUUGGAUAAACAUUGCCAAAUAAAAGAAAUGAUUUUAAGCAAAGUCCACCCAGAAUAUCAACUAAGUUACAAAAUCCUACUGAUCUAUAGAUUCAAUUGCAUGCCACUUUAAAACAUAAUGUUUAGACUAUUUCGUUAAUAGAACAGAGUUAACUACUUUGUUUAAAUCUAGAUGAAACCUGUAAUUUGAAAGAUGCUUGUAAUAACAUAGUCCUAGAAGCCUAUCUUAAUGCAAUAGAUGAGAUUAAAUUCUUGAAAGAAGAAAUGCAACUAUUUAUAAAGGAUCAUGAGAAUAAAAUACUAAUAUAGUCAGAUUAAUCUUAAGAACUCGCUAGAGAUUACACUGAGAGAAUAGAAAUGUCAAUGAAUAGGGAAUAGAAUCUAAAGAAACUUAUUGAUAAAAAAGAUACCUAAAUUUAGUCGCUAAGUCAUUUAAUAAAAUCUCUAAAUUAAGCAUUAAAAGAUCAAAAGUAAUAUUCAGAGAAUUUCAUUUGCCAAGUGUACUCAAAACAAGAGAUUUAUGCAAAAAUGGAGUAGGAACUUCUCAGCUACAUAGAAACUCUUAAAUCUGUAAUUCAAUAGCAUGUGAUUGAAAUCAAAUAACUCUAAGGCACCUUAAGUUAGUAAAAAUAGACUGCUACUAUCGAAUAUGAAGAGCAAAGUACCUAAAUAGAGAAGAUAAUGACUGCCCUUAAUGAGGAAAGAUUGAAGAAUGAUACAUUGGAACAAGAAAAUGAAAAACUAUAUAAAUAAGUUGAAGAAGAAAUAUAAUAAAGAUCUUUCAUCCAAUAUUCAUUGGAUAAAACCUGUGAGAAUAUCAAAGAAAUAUGGUAAGAUGAAUGUGAAGCAUUUAUCAAAACUGAACAGAUAGUGCAUAUUUAAGCUGAAGAGAAUGUUGAAGAAAUGCUUAGAGAUAUUAAGGAGCAGCUUAUGGUUCAGAAGUAAAUGAAUGAUCUCCAAAAAGAAGAAUGCUAUCAACUUCUCUAGCAGAUUAAUGAGUAUAGUGAAAUCACGAAUCAACUGAAUACAUCUGGCUAGUUUAAUACUCUAAAUAUGUCAUAAACUUAGCCUAAUUAGCUCUUAUUUGAAGGAACUUAAAACAGCAUUAUUAAUCCAUCACUUCAAUCAAUAGAGUAGUAUCAUAAAUAAGCUUAAACUCUAAACUAUAAAUAUGGAAGCAGUAAGUUGAUGCAAACUUUACCUCUCAAAGGAGUUGUAGUAGGACAAAGUCAACUAUACCAAUCUAAGCGAAAUGAACUCUACAAUAUGUUGAGAGAUGAGAUUAAGAGAAUGUAAAGUGAGUUGAAUAACAGAAAGGAAUAAAUGGUUCAUAUCAAGAAGUAAUAUGAUCAAAGUGAAAAAGCAUACAGGUAAAAAUGUGAUGAAUACCAAACUCUCUACCUUGAUAACUAAGAACUUCUAAAAGUACAGUUUAAAUAUCAAAAUGAGCUAAUUGAUAUGGAAUCAGAAAAAUAGAAUAUUUUCAAAGAUUUGAAUGAAAAAGAAAACUAGCUUAACUCACUCUAGACACAAGUGGAACUGUUUACCAAAGAUUUAGAGAUCAUCUAAAAGUAAAUGGCGGACAUGAUUGACCAGAAUAAUGAAUUACUGAAGCAAAAGGAUUACUGGAGAGAUGCUGUUAAACACCUUGAGUAGAAGUUAAAUGAAUCAGAUUAAGAUAAGAUAGACAUCAGUGAACAAUUCAAUGACCAGAUUGAGUAAGUAAAGGAAAAGGUCAAUAAAUACAAAGAUAGAUGCCAUGAAAAGGAUCAAUAAAUAUAUGAUCUUCAUAUGAAACUUUAAUCUGAAGUAAACUUAAAUCAAGAAGUAGCAGAACAAUUAGAGUCUAAAUAAUAUAGCUUAAAGAAUACUUGUAUUCAAACAGACCCUGAUCCAGAUUAUCUUCAACUAAUUAUAGACAAUCAAAAUAUGUAGAAGGAGAUUGAUCAUAUCAAGAAUGAUGUGAACACUAUAUUGGAUUCUUAUGAUUUACUUAAAAAGGAUUGUAAUAGGUUGAAUGAUAUAAUAAGUGACCAGUCUGACGAGAUUAAAAGGCUUGAAACUGAAAAAGUGACUACCUAGGAAACAUUAGAUAAGGAAAGAGAGUUUUUGCAAAGAGUUAAAAAACUAGAAAAGUCUUAUAACAACAUAGUAGGUGGCACAUCACAGUAAUCUUAGUCAAGUUAUUUCGCUGGAUUCCCAGACGAUCUAAUUGACGAGAGAGAUUCUAGCAUCAUUGAUCCAACAUUUUACAGAUUAAAGGAGCAAUCAACAUUCAUGAAUGAUCCAUAUUUCAAUUAGUCUAGACAUUCAAAGAGUUUGAAUAGAGCAAAUAAUUAGAAACAAAACAGUACACAGAAUUUUAAGCUGAGUUUUAAUGAGCUAGAUAGAAAUAAAACAAUUAAGGAUAAUAGACAAUUUGUCCCUGAUUUCCAAGCAUCUUAGUAGGUUUUUAAUGUCUACUAAACUUAGGAUAUCCCAAAUUCAAGAAAUAUUUAAGAGAUGAUCAAUAGAAAGUAGAGAAAUGGAGUAGAAGAUCCUUAUCGAUCUUAGCAAAUUUUUAACUAUAAUGAUAGGUCUCAUUCAGCUAUGUCUAUGAUAAGACCAAGCACUUAAAUGGCCAACCACUCCUAUAAUAAAGAAAACAAUUUCCAUAUUUCUAAUUAGGCAAAUCACUUUGAUAGCUAAGCAUUGAAUUAUCCUAUAAAUAAUCAUACAAGAAGCACUUUAGAUCAGCAGGCAAUUAAUAAUUAGACAAAUUGUGAGUCUCAACAAAGAUAAGAGGAAGAAACAACUAGGUAUAGAAAGAAAUGCAAAAGAUUAAUGCGGCAUAUUGAUGCAAUUAUAAACUACCUACUGGUAUUUUAGAAUCAAGCUAAGGAUGAUAAGUUACAUAAACCCCCAAGAAUGAAUAAAAACUAAUCUAAAAGUCGAUUAAGCAAGUAAACAAGCAUUAAAGAAGAACCUUCUGAGGAGAUCUUAUUUUAUCAAGCUUAGACUUACUUCUAUCAUAAGAAUCAAGAUCUUUAUCAUAAGGUUUAAAGUUUGCUUAAGCAAAAUUAAAACAAUGAUAGCAUAAAUCAGUUUUCUUGGUCUCUGAUAUAAACAAGCAGAAAACUUACAAGUCUCUGUUUGGACGGAGCUGUACUUCUAAACGAUUAAAAGUUCCAGUAAUUCCUAAAAUAAUCGCAAGAAUUUUUGCAAAAAGAUUCGACUUUCAUAUCAUAAAACUUUGAAUAGCUGAAUAAUGUGAACGAUAGGAUGAUUGAAGGUAUUGCUAAAAUAGUAAGUCAUCAAAGCAACAAGAUAAUUUUGAAUUAAUAUCAAACUGUGUAGAGUGAGAGCUCAAAUAUCUCAUCCAUUUCAUACCCAGAUAUUCUAAACAUAAACAAAAAUUCAGAUUUAGGAACUCUUCAAAAAUUAAAGCAAGUAGAGUAAAGACUUCAAUUCAAUCAAGAUAUCUUAGGAUAGCUUUAGGAUUAUCUCUAACAGAGUAGUUUAUCAAGCUUAUCUAAAUCUGAUAACGAGAUGAUCUCCCCAGAAUCUAUUUGGAAACUUGUUUGCUCUAUUCAAAGAUUAGUAGGAGGUAUAAAACUUGAACUUAAUUACGAUGUUCUGACACUUGGUUAGACAACAAAGAAAAUUUAAACUGAUCUUAAUGAUAAGAAAUAAUCUAUAAAUGGAAAUUAGUACAGUGCUAUGCCGUCUUACGACUCUAAAGCUUAUAAGAAUGAAAACCUAGUUAGUAUAAUCCGAGAAAUUUAUGAUAUUGACAUGGAUAAGAUACAAUUACCUCAAAAGUACAAAUCACUGAAUUCUAACUUCAACACGCUUUAAAGCUAAUAGGCACUAAUCAAUGAAUUUGAUAGGAAAUUCAGUUAGAUUGAUGAGAAAUAAAUAGCUAGGUUUAUGGAUAGACUUAUUGUGAGAUUGAGAAAGGACACCAUUUAAAGUAACAAAAUUAAAACUAUAGAAAGUGCUAUCAAUGAAGUAGAUUCGAAUAUUAAAGAAACACUUAAUCAAAAAAGAAGAACUAGUAUUGAGCAUCAGCAUUAGAGUGUAGAUUCAGCAGCAAAUUCAGAAUAUGCUUUAUUGCUCUUACUCAAGGAAAAUCUUGAACUCAGAUAGUAAUUAAACACAUGA